AGUGCUAUAAAUGGCGAUUAAAAGAUAGUUGCGGUAGAUAUAAACCGAGGACGUUUUUUCUGAGGUUAUCUCGUACAAACGUCCGUCACGUUGGUCGAUAUUAUAGCGGGGUAACAAAAAUAUCCCAUAGAACGUCGCAUUAUGGGAGCUCAAAGUUUAAUUUAUGCUUGUUCGUUGUUGAUUUUCAUUUUUUACUUUUCGAUUGUUGCGUGCGAGGUCGAACCGCGUUACGAUGAGAAAAUUCAACUUAGAACAACAACGCAGGUGCCAGAAUUGGUAUCUGAAAAACCACAGGACAGACUAGGAUUUUUACAUGCCUUUAUAGCGUCAUUAUCUGUUAUUGUGGUAUCUGAAUUAGGAGACAAGACAUUUUUUAUUGCUGCUAUUAUGGCAAUGAAACAUCCAAGAUUAACUGUAUUUAUUGGAGCAAUAACCGCUCUUGCAUUAAUGACUAUUUUAUCAGUGGUAUUUGGAUAUGCUGCCACAAUUAUUCCUCGUGCGUACACUUAUUAUAUUUCUACCGUACUGUUCGCUCUGUUUGGCUUAAAAAUGUUAAAAGAUGGAUACUAUAUGUCACCCACAGAGGGACAGGAAGAAUUAGAUGAAGUUCAAUCUGAUCUGAGGAAAAGAGAAGAUGAGUAUGAAAAGGAGACAGCAAGUACUUUAGUUCAGGAUCCCGAAACCGGAGUAAUACGAAAAACUACAAAAACUAGCGCGUUCAUGCUGCUUUCCAGGAUAUUCUUUCAAGCGCUCACUCUUACCUUUCUUGCCGAAUGGGGCGAUCGUUCCCAGUUAACGACAAUUAUCCUUGCAGCGCGAGAGGAUGUAUAUGGAGUUAUAUUAGGAGGAAUAUUAGGUCAUUCAUUUUGCACGGGCUUGGCAGUAUUAGGUGGUCGUAUAAUAGCUCAAAAAAUAUCGGUGAGAACAGUGACCAUCAUUGGAGGAUUGGUGUUUCUACUGUUCGCUCUAACGGCGCUUUUUGUCAAUCCCGCAGAGGACGUUUGAAGACUUUUCUCUCUUUCUCUUGUUAUUCCGCCGAUAUUUGCCAGUAUUUGAGUGUUCAUGCUUUGUGAACAUUUGUAAAUCAGAAAUGCGCUAUUUUCACAUUGUGACCGAGAAACAAACAUCCUUUUAUCGAUUUUCAGAAGUCUUGUCUCCCAGAAAUCAGCUACAAUGUGCAAAUAACUGACAUCUCUGCUGUAAAUUUGUGUAUAUAAGAAAUUAAUGUGCGAGGGAUGAGUGUUAAAUAUCAGAAACGAAUGACAUACAGCAACGGCAAUAUCACAUUCUUAGAGUCAUUGACAUGUAUAUUUGUACAAUAGGAUUCUCUGUUUCUUGAUUUUAUUUCCAUAAUCUUUGCAUCUACUUAGAUGAUUGACCGCUUUUGUCUUCUUAAAGACAAUAUUGUUGAUGGUAAGGAUGUGUUCGAAUAUUCGCGGUACGGGAGAAAAAAAAAUCACUCUCUUCUAAAAAUUUAAAAUAUCAAGUACAAAAUUAUAAAUAUUAUAUGUGUGUAUAGAGACAGAGUAUGUACAACCGUGUGAUUUCUUAAUUUCCAGGAUCUCAAAAUCAAAAAUUUUGUCGAAAAUGUCGGAAAAUAUUUCUCUAAUUGUUUAUACCAUAAAUGUUUUUGUUUG